AUGAAUUUUGAAGAAUACACUCUUGAAGAACUUAAAGGGGUACUUGCAAAUUUCACAGAAGGAUCAGAUCAAGACUACAAAGAAGAUAUUAUUCUUAAUGAAAUUAAUAAUUCAAAAUCUACUAUAAAAAAAGAAAUAAAUUCUAACAAAAAUAUAAUAAAUUUAUUAAAAGAAUUAAGCAUGAAAAUAGAAAACAUGAAAAAAGAAAAUGAAAAAAUGGGAUUAGAAGAAUGUUCAAAAUGUAUAAAAUUACUUAGUAAAAUACAAAAUGAUAUACAUUUGAUUAAAUCAAAAGAAUUAAAGAUACAAAAAAAAACAAAAGGAGUUAAGAUGGCCCUUGUUAUUAGUACAUUAUUAUAUGUAUUUAAUUAUUUAUUAAAAAAAAUGUAUUUGUAA